AUGACUGGGUUUGCGGCAACUAUGUCAGAGAAGAACAAGGCCAUGCUUGGACUGCGAGAUGUGUAUCUGGCACGAUGGAAAGAAUUGAAUCCUGGCGCACGACUUGGAGAAGACUCACCCGUUGUGAUAGCUGGCGAAUGGAUAGGCGAGAAGAUCCAGAAAGACGUCGCCAUCGCGCAAUUAUCACGUCGCUUCGUCAUCGUCUCGGUUAACAUCAAUGGUACAUGGCAGAAAGACGAAGCAUACUCUGAUAUCUCCUUGCCGGCUCAUGGCAUCUACAACGCCUCUAGAGCCGGCGUCUUCCAUACAACACUCUACCCAGACAACUACGAACGCACAGUAUCAGAAGUUGAACGCAUGACCGAAGAAGUUGCCGCUCACUGUCCUUUCGCAGCGACUUUCGGGAUAUCCGGUCUGGGCGAGGGUAUCGUUUGGAAACCCGUACCCACCCAGUACAACGCCGACACUUCUCUCUGGUUCAAAAGUAAAGGGGGAAAGUUCAAGCCUACAUUCUUCCGCCUUCCAAAACAGCAUGAAGGCGCCGAUAUCAUCAAAGAGCGAAGAAAAGCAGCCGCAACGGUAGCAGCUGCGUGGUGUUCACAGCAGCGGCUUGAGCAAGGCUGGGAUGUGCUGCGCGAGAAGGGUGUUGAACGGGAUGUGAGAGCACUGGGUGACUUUCUAAAGUGGAUACAAUUUGAUAUCUUGGAAGAAGAGAAGAGACAUAUCAAAGAGCAUGGUGUGGACGAAGCGGCGUUGAAGAUUGAGAUUGCUAAGAUUGCUAAGCCGUGGUAUAGGGCGAAGCUUAGGGAGUGCGACGCCAGGUGA